CCGGAUUUGUCAGGACGUGACGCUGGCGGCCAGGCACAGGCGGCUCCGUUUUGCAGCAAUUAAGGUUGAGCACGCGCACUCGGUUAUAUUUAAACCAUGUUUUACACGGGCAGCGGCGCAGCGGGCGGCGAGAAGGGGACGUCUUGGGUGUCGCUGGGCCUUUGUUCUUGGCUCUGCGCCAGCCGACUCUGCGUGUCCAUUCAUGGGCAAAUCGGUGCCAACGUCGUUCUUUUUGCUUAGCAUGCGGAAACUGUUUAUAGUCUUGGCUGGUCAGAGAUGCAGAUCUCGCACGAGUACUUAUAAUCCUAGGAGGGGCCAACCCGGUAGAGGUUCCAAGAUCGUCGGUGUGUAAAUCUUUCUUCCUUGGUCUGCCUUUCAUCGCCACAUACAACUGCAUAUUCCCUUGUCCAUUUUCCUUUUUCGGGUUUUAUCGAAACAACAUAUAUACACAUACGCCAUGAAGUCUGCUGUUGCUCUCCUUGGCCUUGCUGGCCUGGCCGCCGCCGUUUCCGAGGCUCGCUCGCCCAAGAGCUACGGCCUUUCCAUCAGCGACAUGUCUCUGCACGAGGUUUCCCCCAUGGCUGCUGCCCCUAAGCUUGCUGCCCGCGAGGAGGAGGAUGAUAUCGAAGCCAGCGAGGGUGCCGCCGAGGCCGUCGCCGAUGCCGUCGCCGAGGAGGACCCUUCCACAGCCGUCCGCCUGGACAAGAGCUGUGACAGCCUCAUUGCCCCCUUCCAGCUCAUGUUUGAGCGAUGCGCACAAAAUGCCAAGACGGCAGAGCGACUUGCCCAGACAGCACCCAAGGAGGUGAUGGAGCAGCACUUUGGCCGCAGCGACCAGGCUGCCCGUGACCUUGUCAGCAAGAACUUUGUUACGCUUGGCCGCGAGUGUGCUUCGGCCGGCACAGGAGGCACAGCCAAGCUUGUUUGCGACCACUCGGACAAGAACCUGUGCAAGAGCAAGGAGUACGCUGCCUACAUUCUCAACUUUGACAAGGAGCUCGAGGUUCUCAUGUGCCCGCUCUUCUUCUCCUACUUUGACCUCAACGUCAACGACCGCUGCGUCAAGCGCGGCUGGCUUACACAGAGCGCCAUGUUCCUUGGUUUCCUCAGCCGUGAUCCCAAGGGCACCAAGAUGACCUGGGACUCUAAGGAGAAGCUUACAAACGGUUUCUCGUAUGUGGACUUUGCUUUUGGCCCUGCCGAUACUGGCUGUGCCAAAUAAAGCGUUUGUUUGAGUGUGCAUUUUUUAUGGUUUUAUUCAUGAAUCAAAGGGAAAGAAGAAGAAGGAUGAAUUUAGUGUACUGUAGCAAAGGCAAAUGUGAAAAUUUGGCGUCUUGUUUUAUUGCCAUGAAAGCCUUUCUCUCCACCGCG